AUGCACACGUCCCACUCCCAGGGACCCAACCUCGGCGGCGGCGGUGGCAGCGGCAUCGCCUUGUCGGACUCUCCCUUGCCGCUCCAGUGGUGGGGCCACGGGAAGCGCUCGCGCAGCCGUCGCGAGGCGCCGGUGCCCGAACCCGAGCUGACGCCCGCCGAGGUGCGCCGUCGGAAAUCCCUCAAGUACAGGAGCCGCAGGGCGGCGAAGGCGCAGGCGCGAGCAACGAUGCCGCCGCCGGGCAGCCCUGGUCCCAUCCUCAGCGCGGCCCUGGCGCUCCCUCCUCGUGCCGGCACCCUCUGGCUCCACGGGUACCCGAGAAUCAGCCCACAUUCCCUCCCUCUCGCUGAUGGCGGCGGUAGCAGCAUGAUCCGUAACCCAAUGGCACCGGCGCCGGGACCCACACAGAGCAAGGAGGAGCGCACCCCGGUCGUCUUCACUGACACCUCAUGCCUCGUGUCGUACUUUCCCCGCACCUCGCUGGAGCACCACAUGGCACGUGGGUGCCCGACAUCCUCAUCCGCUGCCCUCGCAAGCCACCAUAUCUAUAAUGUCGGCAUGCACACACACCAGGGACCCAACGUCGGUGGCGGCGGUAGCAGCGACAUCGUCCGCACCUCACUUGAGCAACACAAAUUGUGGGGUCACGCUCCGUACCCGCCCCAACCGGCGUACUCACCAAUUGCCCCUGUGAGCCACCCUCUCUUGAACAACGUCAUGCACACCUCCCAGGGAUCCAACGUCAGUGGCGGUGGCGGCAACGACAUCGCCUCACCGAAUGCCCAUGUAAUGCUUCAGUGGGGCCAAAGGAAGCGCUCGCGUAGCCGCCGCGAGGCGCCUGCACACACUCCCGCGCCUAAACCGGAGUUGACCCCCGCCAAGGCACAGGCGGUGAAGCCGAUGCUGUCGUCGGGCGCCCGCGAGCCCAACCUCAUCUCCGACCUAUCGCUCCCUGCUCCCGAUGUCACCCUCUCUCUCCGCAGCUCCGCGGAGGAGCUUCACAACUCCGUUGGCGAGCAACAGCCAACGUUCAAGGAGGAGAAGCAAGAACCAAGGAUGAAGGAGAAGGUGAUGCCGCCGCCGAGCGCCCUUGGUCGCAUCCUCUGGACCAUCUCUCCUCAUGCUGCCACCCUCUCGCACCACAGUUCUUCGGAGGAACCUCACACCGCCGCCAGCGAGAAGCAGCCAGGGGCGAAGGAGGAGAAGCAGCAGCCAGCGCCCAAAGGGGAGCGUAAGAAGCAGCAGCAGCCGCAGCGUCAGGAGUCGAUCAAGGCGACAGAGGAGCAGAAAGGGAAGGCGCCCAUGGUAGAGGUGCCUCCGCCCGUCGAGGAGGAGGAGGAGGAGAAGGCGGCCAUGGCGAGGCCGGUGGUGCCGCGGAUCGUCACGCAGCUAACGCACGAGGAGAAAGAGGAGGACUGGCUGGCCAUGACGGGCACCAAGCUGCCGCGGUUCCCCCACAGGCGCCCCGAGAUAGUCCAGAAGCAAGUCAACAACAUCUGCCCAGGGGAGUGGCUCUGGCAGGCCAACAGGACCAGGUACAAAGUCAAGGAGAAGAAGUCCGAGAAGCGCGUGGGUGGCCUGAAGGGCAUGUCGACGGAUGACGAGGACUCCGACUCCGACUGAGUUCGAAGAGGAGCUCGGGAGCGACUACAACAAUGGCGCAACAACGGGAGAAAGGAUAUUUUGGCGUUACCGAUGAGGAGAAGCGUCAGGAAAAGGGGUAGCAAGAGAAAGAGAGGUUGAAGAUAGUGAUCAUGGAUGGGCAUUCCAUGAGUUUGAGUCAAAUAAAAAACCCGGAAAAUAACUUAUGAGGUUGAUGUUGUGCUACCCAAUAAUGGUUUGGGAAUAUUGCAUCUCUGCUACCAAGUGCCACCAUGCAUCUCAAGUUUCUCUUUUGCAAGAACUAUUUGUUGCUU